AUGAAAUUUCAAUAUGUCUUUCUUCUCUUUGUUGUUCUAAUGACUUCUACUAUAGGUGUAAAAAAUCAAGUUAUCGCGAGUGUUUGGAAUCCAAUCCAGAAUGUAAAUGAUCCACAUGUAAUCGACAUUGCCAAAUACGCUCUUACCGAGCAUUUCAAGAGAAGCAAAUUAUAUCUGACGUUUGAUAAGGUCAUUAGUGGUGAGACAAAGGUUGAUGUUGGAACGACAUAUUGUCUCAAUAUUUCAGCUACUUUCGUUAUUUCUAAUAAUUAUAAUGUUGUUGUGUUUGAGAAUAAACAAUUUAGGAACCUCAUUAAGUUUGUCAUUCUUCCUGGUUAA